AUGGCAGGUAAUGAAGAGCGUCCAGUGAUAGAGGCUACAAGGCCCAAUCUGGCUCUUAUGACUCAGGCGAUUGUGAAGCCUAAUAUCACGGGGCAAUAUGUUGGCUUAUCUCAUGAAGACCCACAGAGGCACAUUCAGAACUUCCUGGAAAUUACAGACACUUACAAUUAUCCGAACGUUUCCAAGGAUUAUGUCAGGCUGACACUGUUUCCCUUUUCAUUGAUGGGGGAAGUUAAGGAAUGGUUACAAAAGGAGCUCGCGAACUCAAUCCACAAUUGGGAUGAUCUAGCAAGGAAAUUCUUAAUCAAAUAUUUUCCCACAAAGAAGACAAAGUCACUGAGGAGCCAGAUUCUUGGGUUUCAACAACGAAAUAGUGAGACUCUUCGACAAGCUUGGGAGAGAUACAAGAAGCUUCUCAAAGACUGCCCGCACCAUUGUCAGACUGAUGAGAUGCAACAUGUGCAACAGAUGUCUACUUGCUGCGAGUUAUGUGGUGAAGGACACACAAGUGGCAUAUGCCCCGUGAAUCCUGAAUCAAUUUACUACGUGGGGCAACAAGCUAGAGGGCCGAUGAAUCAACAUGCUCAAUAUGAGUUCAAAAAUCUAGAGAGGCAGUUUGGGCAAAUGGAUAACAAUCAGAAUACUAGGCCUGCUGGAGCUCUCCCGAGUGAUACUGAGCCUAAUCCUAAGGCUCAAGUCAAUGCGAUUACCUUGAGAAAUGGAAGAGAAUUAGAAGAAGUUCCAGAGAAAAAGAAGCAUACAGGUAGACCUGAAGGAGAAUUAGUUCCAAAGCUCGUUGAGGAGAAUAAGAAAGAAAAGCCAGAAAUUGUGACAAGGCCACCACCUCCAUUUCCACAAAGACUGCAAAAGCAAAAAGAUGAUGCUAUGUACAAGAUAUUCUUAGAUAUUUUGAGCCAAGUGCGUAUGAAUUUGCCUUUGGUGGAAAUUUUGCAGGAAGUGCCUAAGUAUGCAAGGUAUCUCAGAGAUAUUGUGGCUAACAAGCGAAGACAUACAGAGUUUGAAACAGUUGCACAUACUGAAGAGUGCAGUGCUAGAGUUCAGAGUAAACUUCCUCCUAAGUUGAAGGAUCCUGGGUUUUUCACAAUUCCUUUGUCUCCUGGAAAACAAGAAGUUGGUAGAGCCCUGUGUGAUUUAGGGUCUAGUAUAAAUUUGAUGCCAUCCUCUUUGUUCAAGCAACUCGGAUUGGGGGUGCUUAGACCUACUACAAUCACUUUAAAGUUAGCAGAUAGGUCACUAGUUAUGCCAGAGGGAAUUAUUGAGGAUGUGUUAGUUCGAGUGGGAAAGUUUAUUCUUCCUGCUGAUUUUAUUGUUCUUGAUUACGAGGCAGAUGAGGAAGUACCCAUUAUUUUGGGCCAAACAUUCUUAGCUACUGGUGGAGCGCUUAUUGAUGUUAGAUAA